GUCAGCCUGGAGCACACCUUUCCCCACUACCUUACCAGUAGCUAACCUGAGGCUUACCUGUAUUUGACCUGUGGCUCAGCCAGGAGUGCAGAUGUACCUUUCUGUUCACUGCUUUCCGGGUUACAUUUUGGUUCCCUGAAGGUUGAGCUAUCUGGUGCCCAGGUGUAUACCUGACCAAACUGUUUUUCGUAUUACCUGUAGGUUAGUAGUAAGUUAACGCUAGGUUACCUGUGGUCCAGGUGUGUUUCUGUCUCUGGGUUACCUGUCUGUUGGAGAGCCAUGGUUGGGUGUAGCUGGAUAUGGAGCCAUAGGAACUACCUCAUUAUCUUCCUCACCCCACUUCUCCUCCUGCCUCUGCCUCUGCUCAUCCCCACACCAGAGGCUAAGUGUGGCUAUGCUAUCAUCCUGAUGGCACUGUACUGGUGUACAGAGUGUAUGCCCCUGGCUGUGACUGCCCUACUGCCUGUUGUCCUCUUCCCUAUGAUGGGCAUCAUGGAGUCUGCAGAAGUGUGUGUCCAGUACCUAAAGGACUCUAACAUGCUGUUCAUCGGUGGUCUGUUGGUGGCCAUCGCUGUUGAGAACUGGAAUCUUCACAAACGCAUCGCCCUCCGAGUACUACUAGUGGUGGGGGUACGACCGGCACUGCUGAUGUCGGGGUUCAUGGGUGUGACAGCCUUCCUUUCCAUGUGGAUCAGUAACACAGCCACCACAGCCAUGAUGGUGCCCAUCGCCCAGGCUGUGCUAGGACAGCUGUGUGCCACAGAGGCCAUGCAGGAUGAGCGGGAGCUGCAGGUUGAAGGGAAAGACAACCAGGCCUUUGAACUGGACACCAAAGCACCCCAAGAAGAAGAGAUCAACACCAAACAGGACCUGGUCAAGAUUCAGCAGGAUUAUAUGUACAAGGAUGAGGAGAAGGAUGCGGACUCACCUCUGGAGAGGAGAAGAAAAGAGAGAGAGUUGAAGUACCAGCUCUUGACUAAAGGGAUGAGUCUGAGUGUGUGCUACUCUGCCAGUAUCGGAGGCACAGCCACCCUCACUGGCACCACACCCAACCUCAUCCUCAAGGGACAGGUGGAUGAGAUCUUCCCAGGUAAUGGCGAUGUGAUCAACUUUGCGUCAUGGUUUGGCUUUGCCUUUCCCAACAUGAUCAUCAUGCUUAUCCUGUCCUGGCUCUGGCUGCAGUUCAUGUACAUGGGCUUCAACAUGAAGAAGUCAUUUGGCUGCGGGAAGAAGAACGAGGGAGACAAGGAGGCGUUCGCAGUGAUGAAGGAGGAGUACAGGAAGCUGGGGAGCAUGACCUUCGCCGAGGGGGCUGUGCUGACCAUCUUUGUCCUGCUCGUGGUGAUGUGGUUCACCAGAGAACCAGGCUUCAUGCCAGGCUGGGCCACUGUACUGUUUAACAAGGAUGGAGCGUUUGUGACAGACGGGACAGUUGCCAUCUUCAUGUCCACGCUCUUCUUCAUUAUCCCCUCACGGCCGUUCUGCUGUGGGAGUGCUGAGGAAGAGGAUGGAGAGGCUGGGGAGGAAGGCAAGAAGAAGCAAAAGGCCCCAGCUGCUCUGUUGAACUGGCAUGUGGUCCACGAACGCAUGCCCUGGAAUAUCAUCCUAUUGCUGGGAGGAGGUUUUGCUUUGGCCAGCGGUAGCGAGGCAUCUGGUCUGUCUCAAUGGCUGGGUGAGAGUCUAGCUCCUCUACAGUCCAUUCCUCCCUUCGGUAUCUCUCUGCUACUCUGUCUGUUGGUGGGGACCUUCACUGAGUGCUCCAGCAACACAGCUACUACCACACUGUUCCUGCCCAUACUGGCCUCUAUGGCCACAGCUAUUAAGCUGCAUCCUCUGUACGUGAUGCUGCCCUGCACCAUCUGUGCCUCGUUGGCAUUCAUGUUGCCUGUGGCAACACCUCCCAAUGCCAUCGUCUUCUCCUAUGGAAAUCUCAAAGUCAUGGACAUGGUGAAGGCAGGCUUCAUGCUGAACAUGAUCGGGAUCCUGACCAUCAACAUGGGCAUCAACACCUGGGGAGACGCAAUGUUCCAGCUCAGCACUUUCCCUGACUGGGCCAACAUCACACAUGGGACCAAGCCCUGAGAGGGGGAGGAGAGAGAGGCAGGAGGAAGGAGGAGGAUGGAGGGAGGAUUUUGAUAUGAGCACCAACGAGAGCAAGGGAGAGAGAGAGAGAGAGAGAGGCAGGCAGGCAGACAGACAUUACCAUUCAAAAGUUUGGACACACCUACUCAUUCAAGGUUUUUCUUCAUUUUUACUAUUUUCUGCAUUGUAGAAUAAUAGUGAAGACAUCAAAAAUGUGAAUGGAAUCAUGUAGUAAUCAAAAAAGUGUUAAACAAAUAAAAACAUAUUUUAUAUGAGAUUUUUCAAAGUAGCCACCAGUUGCCCGGGUAUUCUCAUUUGCCUUGGCAUUCUCUCAACCAGCUUCAUGAGGUAGUCACCUGGAAUGCACUUCAACUAACAGGUGUGCCUUGUUAAAAGUUAUUUUGUGGAAUUUCUUUCCUGCUUAAUGCUUUUAAGCCAAUCAGUUGUGUUGUGACAAGGUGGUGGGGGCAUACAGAAGAUAGCCCUAUUUGGGAAAAGACCAAGUCAAAUAAGCAAAGUAAAAUGACAGUCCAUCAUUACUUUAAGACAUGAAGGUCAGUCAAUAUGGAACACUUCAAGAACUUUGAAAGUUUCUUAAAGCGGAGUCGCAAAAACCAUCAAGCACUAUGAUGAAUCUGGCUAUCAUGAGGACCACCACAGGAAAGGAAGACCCAGAGUUACCUUUGCUACAGAGAAUACGUUCAUUACAGUUACCAGCCUAAGAAAAUGCAGCCCAAAUAAAUGCUUCACAGAGUUCAAGUAACAGAUACAUCUCAACAUCAACUGUUCAGAGGAGACUUUGUGAAUCAGGCCUUCAUGAUCAAAUUGCUGCAAAGAAACCACUACUAAAGGACACCAAUAAGAAGAGACUUGCUUGGUUCAAGAAACACGAGCAAUGGACAUUAGACGGGUGGAAAUCUGUCCUUUGGUCUGAUGGUCCAAAUUUGUCAUUUUUGGUUCCAACCGCCAUGUCUUUGUGAAACGCAGAGUAGGUGAAUGGAUGAUCUCAUGUGUGGCUCCAGGCUGUGUGAGGGCUAUUUGACCAAGGAGAAAAGUGAUGGAGUGCUGUAUCAGAUGACCUGGCCUCCAAAAUCACCCAACCUCAACCCAAUUGAGAUGGUUUUCGGAUGAGUUGGACCGCAGAAUGAAGGAAAAGCAGCCAUCAAGUGUUCAGCAUUUAUGGGAACUCCUUCAAGACUGUUGGAAAAGCAUUCCAGGCGAAGCUGGUUGAGAGGAUGCCAAGAGUGUGCAAAGCUGUCAUCAAGGCAAAGGGUGGCUACUUUGAAGAAUCUCAAACAUAAAAUAUAUUUUGAUUUGUUUAACACUUUUUUGGUUACUACUUGAUUCCAUAGAUGUUAUUUCAUAGUUUUGAUUUCUUCACUAUUAUUCUACAAUGUAGAAAAUAGUGCAAAACUAAGAAAAACCCUUGAAGGAGUAGGUGUGUCCAAACUUUUGACUGGUACUGUAAAUGUGGACUGACAGGCAAACAGAAAGUCAGACAUAGACAGAGAGAGACAAAGCGAAUGGGAAAGGGAGAUUAAGCACACACACAUAAUGUUGAAGUGACAAUGAACAAGUACACCAGCUACAGUAUCUUCUCCUUAAUUUAGGACAGUUUAGAAAUAAGAUACCAUAUACAAUAUGGUUGCAGCUCUACCUUGCCCUCUGAUAGGCUAAGUCUGCUGUUAAAAGUGCCUAGGUGGUCAGGGCAAGGGGCUAGGGAACUAGGGUCUUCGUGGUUCCUGGACUGGGCCAUACAUUACAAUACAGUACCAUUGCCCCCUAGUGUUCAUUACAUGUAAUUGUAAAUCUGGUGAAGCAGAAUAGGGUUGAAUGGUGCUUCAACACAGUAAUGCACUCCUUUGAAUCGAGUCUGUCCCAGUUCCAGACAAGGAUAUCCUUAAAACGAGACUACUUCUUCAAAGCAAGCAUUGUGCAGGAAUGUGUAUGUGUGUAUAUGUAUAUAUAUAUAUAUAUACAUAUAUAUAUAUAUAUAUAUAUAUAUAUAUAUAUAUAUAUAUAUAUAUAUAUAUAUAUAUAUAGAAAUAUAGCAUAUAAGUAGGAAUGUAGACCGAGUGGCGCAGUGGUUCAAUCCCGGGCUUUGUCACGACCGGCUGUGAUCUGGAGUCCCAUAUGGAGGCGCACAAUUGGCCCAGCUUCGUCUGGGUUAGCGGAGGGUUUGGUCGGGGUAGGCUGUCAUUGUAAAUAAGAAUUUGUUCUUAACUGACUUACAUAACUGUAAAAAAAAUAUUUUUUGUUUCAAUUUAUUAUUUCCAGUGGCCUUUUUCAAGCUCAGAGUACUUCACAUUUCACGGUAUCCUCGCUUUGAUUACAUUUAUUUUGACUAACAAUAGAUUGUUAAUUUGAUGUUUGUAAAUUGUUAAUUUAAUAUUAUUAUUUGAAUCAACUUAAACCUUUUAUGUUAACAAUAAAUGUGGAAUUCUAAUAACUAAAUCUACAUUAUUGUUGCCAAUUUCACAUUUUGUUAAGUCAACUUUCAAUUAAGUUACUGUAACUAGUAAUAGUUGUCGUAACUACAUUUAAAGUUUACAUAACAAAAUGGUCUAUGCAAGGAUAACGUGACAUGUUAAGUGCUCUGAGCUUGAAAAAGGCCACGCAACUAGAUGACUGGAAAUAACAAGUUGAAACAACAUUAAAGUGUGAGUUAUCUAAUUGAAUGUCACAUUUUAAAAAAGAGUCAAGCCUACGUCAUACUGAGUUAUUGUAACACAUAGUUCUCAACCUGUUUGGCUGGUGGCGCUAGACUGUGGCUACGAGCAAGUCAAGCAGGCCACACACAAAUAAAUAACUAUACUAUUAAUGACAGACAAGAUUGCCAUAGGCUGCAGGUUGAGAACCACUGUUUUAACUCAACAAAAUGACUGACUAAUACAAAUUGUAAACUUAAUAUAACCCCGCAUGUACAGUUGAACAAAGUUCAGAUUUAGUAAAGCUUAUCUCCAUUUUAAAAUGACUUAAUAUUUACAAUGAUUGUUUUACUAUCAAGAGGACAUUGAUCGAUUCAACAACUUACAUUGAAAUCAAUUCAUUCUAUCUAGCUUGUAAUGACAAAAUAGUCCUUUUGUGUAUUUCAGAACAUUUAUUACACUAUGUAUUAACAAAUACAUUUGCAACAAUGUAUCGUUCCCUAGAAUGCAUUUUUAUUGUUAUUAAAAAUAAAUCUAACGCAUAUUUUUAGAUUAAUGUCUUUGGGUGCAUUUAAACGGGCAGCCAAAUUCUGCUGUCACUAAUUGGUAUUUUAACCAAUAUCAGGGAAGAUUUUAAAAAAGAAAAAAUUAAGAUAAAAUGUUUUGUCAAAGUUUUAUUUAUUCCACUGUCCAAUAAACCCAUACACAUUUGUAAAUGGCA